AUGAGGUUCCGCGAUGGCAUGUGGCUUACAGCCGCCGAUAAAACAAUCCAAUACGCCGAAGACAUCUACUCUAUCAACCAAUCUGGCGAUGAACGGUCUCUGGAGUUACUCUGUCCGACAAAGCGCAUCCGAUCUCGUGGUGACACUCUCAACUGUCCCACCGUCACCAUCAAGCUCGAGGCGGUUAUCGAUGGCGUCAUCUCCGUCGAAGCAACCCAUUGGGCCGGCCAACGUCGUCUCGGUCCCGACUUCGAGCUGUUCCCGGAUGGCAAGCCGGAAUCCGCGGCGAGCAUCACCACAGGCGAGAAGGGCACGGCGUUGACCUCCGGGGGCCUCACCGCCACCGUCAGCCCGGAUCCGCAUGAGUUUGAGAUUCGGUUCAGUGGGCAUGAUGGGAGGGAGGUGACAAGCCUGUUGAACAGGAGUGUUGGGUUUGCGUAUACCCCCGCGACCGGGAACAUGAAGGUCGUCGAGGAUAUGCGGAAAACGCAGCAUUAUAUGUUCACACAGACAGAGCUCGGGGUGGGCGAGUCGGUCCAUGGACUGGGAGAGAGGUUUGGAGCGUUCAAUAAGGUUGGACAGCAUGUUGAGGUUUGGAACGAGGAUGGUGGCACGUCCUCCGACCAAGCAUACAAGAACAUCUCCUUCUGGCUCAGCUCCCGCGGCUACGGUGUCUUCAUCGACACUCCUGAACACAUCGAUCUCGAAAUCGGGAGCGAACGAAGCUGCAGAGUGCAGACGGCAGUGGAGUCCCAGCGUCUCAAAUGGUACCUCAUAUACGGGCCAACGCCCAAAGAGGUUUUGACCAAAUACACCAUCCUCACCGGGAAAUCCGGCAAAGUCCCCGCCUGGAGCUUCGGACUUUGGCUCACCACCUCCUUCACCACCAACUACGACGAAGCCACCGUCACCGACUGGCUCAGCCAGAUGCAAACCCGCAAGAUCCCCCUCGAAGUUUUCCACUACGACUGCUUCUGGCUCCGCGCCUUCCACUGGUGCGACUUCGUCUUCUCCAAGGACCACUUCCCCGACCCCAAAGGCUCCAUGACGCGCCUCAAGUCCUCCAAACUCGCCAACAAGGUCUGCGUCUGGAUCAACCCCUACCUCGGCCAAGCCUCCCCCGUCUUCGCCGAAGCCGCCGAGAAAGGCUACCUCGUCAAGCGCCUCAACGGUGACGUCUGGCAAUGGGACCUCUGGCAAGCCGGCAUGGCCCUCGUUGACUUCACCAACCCGGCCGCCCGCAAAUGGUACGUCUCCUGCCUCGAGCAACUCUUCGACACUGGCGUCGACUGCCUCAAGACCGACUUCGGCGAGCGCAUCCCCUCGGCCGACGUCCAGUGGCACGACCCCACCGUCGACCCCAAGAAAAUGCACAACUACUACUCCUUCAUGUUCAACCAACUCGCCUACGAGGCCCUCCAGAACCGCUUCGGCGCCGACCAAGCCGUCCUCUUCGCCCGCUCCGCCACCGCCGGCACCCAGCGCUUUCCCCUCUGUUGGGGCGGUGACUGCGAGUCCACCGCCCCGGCCCUCGCGGAAUCCAUCCGCGGCGGCCUGUCCAUCGGCCUGUCGGGCUUCUCCUUCUGGUCGUGCGACAUCGGUGGGUUCGAGGGCAACCCCGCGCCGUGGAUCUACAAGCGGUGGGUGGCGUUCGGACUGUUCUGCUCACACUCGCGUCUGCACGGGAGCAACUCGUACCGGGUGCCGUGGCUCAUCGACGGAGACUCACAGGAGCCGGAGAACGCCACCGACGUGGUGCGGCAUUUCGUGCGGGUGAAGCGGCGGUUGAUGCCGUAUUUGUUCGCGGAGGCGAAGGAGGCGGCGGAGAAUGGAUGGCCGAUGAGCUUAAGGGCGAUGGGCCUGGAGUUCCCGGAGGAUCAGACGGCGUGGUUCUGUGAUCGCCAGUUCAUGGUAGGGAAGAGCCUGUUGGUGGCGCCGGUGUUCACCGAGGAGGGCGAUGUGGAGUUCUAUCUGCCCGAGGGCAAGUGGACGAGCUGGUGGGAUGGCCAUGUUGAGGUUGGCCCGAAGUGGGUGAAGGAGAAGCACGGGUUCCUGACGCUGCCGGUGUACGUUCGGGAGCGGUCGGUGUUGGUGCUUGGGAGUGAGGAUGAGGCGGAGAAGGGAGAGGGCUUCGGGUAUGACUGGGUGAAGCAGGGCGCGGAGGUGAAGUUAUAUCACACGCAGGCAGGAGACAGCUUCACGGUUGUUGAUCGUGAAGGGAAGGAUGUUGUGACGCUGGAGGUUGGCGCUGGUAACACUGUCAGCGGCCUGGACAAGAUCGAAGGAACGUGGUCUUCGACCGUUGCAGUUAGAUGA